UAGGCGGCAGCCCCGCCUCCUAUUGUCGCCUCCGCUGCGGCGCGUCAACAAUAGCGGCGCCGGGGGCGGCUACGUCCUCUCGUACCCAGCAACCGCCGCUGCGCGCUCCCCCCUCUCCCCCCCAUUGGCGGGGCCGAGAGAAAGGGGCGUUGUCGCCGCCGCCAUGGCCGGUUGUUGUCAGUCGGCGGCAGCGGGUUAUGGCGACGGCGGUGAAUGAAUUCUCCGGGCGGCCGAGGGAAAAAGAAGGGCUCAGCCGGCUCCAGCUCCUCGGCCCCGGCCGCCGGGGCCUCCCGCUCCGCGCCGCCCGGGCCGGCUCCCCCUGUGCCGCCGGCGGGGGCGGCGGCGGCGUCCCCGCACAAGCGGAACCUGUACUACUUCUCGUACCCGCUCUUCGCUGCCUUCGCCCUGCUCCGCUUCGUCGCCUUCCAGCUGGGGCUGCUCUUCGCCUGGCUCUGCGAGCGCCUCUCCCGCGGCGCCCUCAUGGCCGCCAAGGGCAGCAGGGCCGCGGCCGGCGACGCGCCCGAGCCCGGCGGGGCGCCCGAGACGGUGCGGGCCUGUCACAAGCGGGCCUUCGAGUGCAUCUCCAUGGCGCUGCGCAUCGACGAGGACGAGAGAGCAGGACAAAAGGAACAAGCUGUUGAAUGGUAUAAGAAGGGAAUUGAAGAACUGGAAAAAGGAAUAGCUGUCAUAGUUAUUGGUCAAGGUGAUCAGUGUGAACGGGCUCGACGUCUGCAGUCUAAAAUGAUGACAAAUUUGGCAAUGGCCAAGGAUCGCUUGCAGCUUUUAGAGAAGCUGCAGGCAGUUUUGCAAAUUUCCAAGCCGCAAAUGGAGGUCUAUAAUGACAGUACUAACCUGGCAUGCCGCAAUGGACAUCUCCAGUCAGAGAGUGGAGCGGUUCCGAAAAAGAAGGAUCCAUUAACACACACGAGUAAUUCCCUUCCCCGUUCAAAAACUGUUGCAAAAACUGGAUCCACAGGCCUUUCAGGUCACCAUAGAACACCUAGCUACAGUGGGAUAUCGGCUUCUUCUGUAUCUAGACCAGCAACUAAUCCUGCAACUUCAACUCACAAGGCUGCUCCUAAAAAUAGCAGAACAAAUAAGCCUUCAACUCCUACCACUGCUGCUCGAAAAAAGAAAGACAUGAAGAUAUUUAGAAAUGUGGACAGUAAUCUUGCUAAUCUCAUCCUGAAUGAAAUUGUUGAUAGUGGGCCAGCUGUCAAAUUUGAUGAUAUUGCUGGGCAGGAACUGGCUAAGCAAGCUUUGCAAGAAAUUGUUAUCCUUCCUUCUCUUAGACCUGAGUUAUUUACAGGACUUCGAGCUCCUGCACGUGGGCUGUUGCUGUUUGGCCCACCAGGAAAUGGGAAGACAAUGUUGGCCAAAGCAGUUGCAGCAGAAUCAAAUGCUACUUUCUUUAAUAUAAGUGCAGCAAGCCUAACUUCAAAAUAUGUGGGUGAAGGGGAGAAACUGGUGCGUGCUCUAUUUGCAGUAGCCAGAGAACUUCAGCCUUCUAUAAUUUUUAUAGAUGAAGUUGAUAGCCUUUUGUGUGAAAGAAGAGAGGGUGAGCAUGAUGCUAGUAGACGUCUAAAAACAGAAUUUUUAAUAGAAUUUGAUGGUGUACAAUCUUCUGGAGAGGACAGAAUACUAGUGAUGGGAGCAACCAACAGGCCACAGGAGCUUGAUGAUGCUGUUCUCAGACGAUUCACCAAACGGGUGUAUGUAUCUUUACCAAAUGAGGAAACAAGAUUGAUUUUGCUAAAAAAUCUCUUAAGCAAGCAAGGAAGUCCAUUGACCCAAAAAGAGCUGGCACAACUAGCUAGAAUGACAGAUGGAUACUCUGGAAGUGAUUUGACUGCAUUAGCAAAGGAUGCAGCACUAGGUCCCAUUCGAGAACUAAAACCAGAACAGGUGAAGAAUAUGUCUGCCAGUGAGAUGAGGAAUAUCAAAUUAUCAGAUUUCACUGAGUCUUUGAAGAAGAUAAAGCGCAGUUUGAGCCCUCAGACUCUGGAAGCAUACAUUCGCUGGAACAAAGACUUUGGAGAUACCACAGUGUGAAACACUAUUUAAAGUGAGACAAAGUGCUGCCUAAAGAGCAAUUGGUACUGACUACUGGAAAGCAGCCAGAGUUUACAGGACUUUACAGAUCUUUAAGUAUCUGCACUAAAACUUGAGAUUAAGAAAAAAAUUUAUAAUAUAAAAAGCGUUCAUCAAGGCCUCCUUGCUGUUUAGUCAGGAUUUACACACUGUAAGUAAGAGCACAAUAAGGCUUGGGAUAAGAUUCCUAGCAAUCUGAUCUUGGUUUGAACAAUAAUUUCUGUAUUUUGUUCCAGCUAGGAAGCUCUGAUGAUAUUAAUCAUUGGAAGACCUGUUCCCUAAGCUGGGGGGAGAGGGGGUUGUUUUGUUUGUUUAAUUUUGCCAUGACAUUGGUGUCUGGCUUUCUUUCUGAUAAUUACUAACUUAAAUUGGAAUUUUAUAAACUUUGGUUCGGUUUUUGACUUUUUUAUCCUUAAUGUGCCAAAUAAUUUCCCUAUGCAAAGAACAACAACAGCAUUGGGGGAUUACGAUUAUUAAAAGGUACAAAGCAGCUGGUCUGUUAUUAUUUGUCUUUUUGUUUAGUUGUAAUGUGACAGCAUUGUUCACAGAACAGUUUAAAAAAAAGACUUUUGAUAGCAGAACAGCAAAAACCUGAUAAAACCAAUCGAAAGUUUUUUUUUUUUAAAAAAAAGACUAAAUAAAAAAAAUAGACUAAGAUAUUCAUUUAUUGGCAGUAUUUUCUCUUAAUGCAUUUUGUAAUGCUUCCAUUGGUAGAAUGUUAGCUUAUGCUUAUGGUGUAUAACUUAAAGUCCAGCUGAUGUUUGAGAGCGUAAGUGAUGCUAAUUGUCAAGUUUCAGAAAUGAAGUGUUUUGACUCUGUAUUUUGGUCUGUUUACAAUAAUUGAAAGUAAAAUUUCCAUUGUGGUCACUUUUAAUCUACACAUGUGAGCAUUAAAAUAAGAGGCUACAUGUUUAAUAAUAACUGGCACACAUUAAUGUUUUUAUAGCUUUCAUAUGUUUUGGUUUAUAUAUUAAACUAUGAAACACUCAGCUGAUCUGCUUUUUUAAAAAUAACUGCAUCUGCAUACAAAUAUUUGGAUUUUUAUUAUAGAAAUGAAAAGCUAGUAAACACUGAAGCGAUAGCCUUUAAAUACUGUAAUAAAGGGAAACAUCUUUGCCUUACUUCUUAAAGGUUGACAUUUUGUUUACAAAUUCUACAUGGAUUAAACAUUGAGGAGCUGGUUGCAAAACAGAGUAAUAGUUCCUCAUAUAAAAGGGUUUUUUUUAGAAGGGCAACUCUCCCACAUUAGCAAUAUUACACAGUUGCAUGUUGUUUACAGUUCUUUUAAGUAAACUGAUUUAUAUAUUUUGUUCAUGGUCUUAACAGAACAUUCUUAAUUUUUCAUUUAACUUAUACUUUUUUCAUUUGUAAGUUUUUACAUACUUCUAGGACUGCUAAUCUGAUAAUUGAUUUUAUAUAUUUAUAUAUAUAAAAAUAUGUGGAUUGUGUAUGUUUGUGUAUACACAUAUGUAUACCUAUAUUUACACACAUACUGGCACUGCAUCAGCUAGGGUGUAUAGUAAUACCAGGAGAAGAUUCUGUUUGCUGCAUGGUAUUGGGAACUAAAUAGCAGAAGCUGUGUCAAACUUUUUGACACUCACAUGCAAUAUAUUUGGGAUUCUGUUUUUUUUGAACCAGAGGUGCUUUUAACUGAUCUUAAUAUUAAAGCAAUGAAAUAAGAUUAUGUUACACUAAUAUGCCUUUUGAAGUAGUCUAACCAAACCACUUCUAGCCUUCAAGGGUAUGACUGUCUCAAAUAUAUGUCCAUGUCUAAUAUAAUUGAAGCAUGUGAUGUCUGUUCCCCUGAUUCACCUUCCUGGAGAAGUCAGAAAUCCUAAAAGAUUUCAGUUUCUUAAAUCUUGUUUUUUUGCUUGCUUUGCCUUAGUUCUACCUUCAGUAGAGUAUUUCUAUUAUUAGAGACUCCUGGCUGACUUGAUCAAUUUUUGUCAUAGACUUUAUAGCUAAGCUUGAGUAUUACUAUUUUAUUAUCUGCUCAAUCACUUAACACCUAAGAAGGGCUGCCUGUCUUCGUGUUCAUAAGGCAUGUAAACUUCCUUGAGACCCUCUGCAAAUGAGAACUUUGCGGACACUUCUGGUUGCAAAUGUUCCCAAAUACUUGUGAUCAAAUUCACCUUUCCUCCACUUAAUUUUGAGGAAUGUACUCAUUUCUAAUUCAAAGACAUGCCUAUUGGUGUGUGGUAUUUACCUGAAACAUAGAGGUAGAACUUCCCAUCUGCUAAAACACCACCAGUAUGCAGCACAAAGGAUCAGGAGUCUGAGCUGCUGCUUUGGAAACAAAAAGGAUUAGGCCUUUUGUUUAUUUGUACAACCAGCUAAGGUCGACAGAGUCUGUUAGGUUUUUUUGGUGUUCUGCCCUGAAUAUUUUCUGUCUAAAAUAUGAACCAAAGCUUUCUGAGUGACUUUGGAAUACUGUAAUAACAACUUAAUUUUGUUCUACAACAUCAGUUUGCCACAGCUGCUUUUUUGGGGGUGGAGGGGUGUUGCCCAUGGCGUAGUUCUAUUUUAUUCAUAGAUCACCUUUAAAUCUCACUAAGAAUACUUGCUGAAUAGUUUCUUUAAAGAAUAAUUCUCUUCCACUCAAGGUAUUACCUCACAUCUUCUGGCUGAUAUAUCUGUGACCAAAAUUUGCCAAGAGAGUUUUGAGACAGCUUGCAAAGUGAAUAAGUGCAACAUGCAUAAUUUCUUUGGUAACAUAAACUGAGCAAGUCCCAGCUCAGUCAUUUUCAUCUAAUCACUGGAUGAAUUAUGUGUAUAAAAGCAGGGUUUUUUAAUACAAUUUGUAUUUCCCAAAUCUGUGCUAUUUUGUAUACCACCUCGCAACUCUGCCAUAAAAAUCAAAUGAUGUUCUAACAGUAUCAUGAAUUAGGAGAGGAUAAGCAGGGAAGCAGCUUGGAUGCUUUUACCUUUGCAAUGAUCAGGGUUACAUUAGCUCUCCAAAUUGUCUCCCCCUGCUCCACCCCCCCCCCCCCGCCCCAAAUCUGCCUGUUGCUAAUGAAUGAGUGAGUUGACCCACUUCUUUGAAAUUAUUAGGAAGCGGCUCAUCUCGCCUUCUGUAUGUGUUCUUUACUGAUCUAAUGUUUAACAUGUACUGGAUUCGAAAAAGAAACCUCUCUCUAACAACCUUAUUUAAACAUCUUUGCCUGUUUUAUUAAGCAGGAAACAUAACUCUAUCUUUCUGCUUGUUGGGAAAACAGCGUCUUCUAAGGCAGCAGGUUUUUGUUCUUGGUGGCAAAACAGCAGGUGGGAAAACCUCCUCUCAAGGAGUAUGUGCACGCUGUAGCACCUUUAAAUGAGAAUUUCUUAUGUGUUACGAUAUCCCAUUUACUAAUGUUGACUUUUGUGCAUAGUACACUAAACCCAUACAGGUUCUCUUCUUGAAGCUAAGACAAAAACAAUAUGGAACAUUAAAGAUGAACGUAAACUUUAAACUAGGAUAUUUAUACAUACAAAAGUUUUUUGUUUUCUUAAUUUUUUGGACUUAAGAGUUUAGUGCUUUAGAAACAGGCUUUUUACUCCUGAGACCUCUUACUGAUUCUACUUCAGAAAGCCAUUCACCAAUUCAGUUUUGCUGAACAUGGCCAUCACAUUGCUUAUGUAGAUAAUAAUGUCAUAGUAACACUUUAAAAUUGAGAAGAAUGAAGUCUCUGAAUUGGGAAGGAAGUCACUGUUGCUGCGCUAACUGGAGGCAGUUGCUGAUUUCACUGUUAGUCUCUUGAAUGUGAUUAAAAAGGACAGUUUUAUACAUGCAACUUACUGUGACAGUUAAACUUACUUUCUGGUAUAGAAUAAAGUUAUUUGGUUUUUUUUCCUAUUCUAGACAAACAGUUUUUAGCACUGGUUGGCACUGCUGCCAAGUCCAUCUUGUGAAAUUUAAGCACUUUGCGUUGGGAAUAUGGAGAUCAGAUGUGUUGUCAAAUGUAAUUGAAAUGUCCAUUCUGUUAUAGGUAUGGAAAGCAGCACUUUGCUUAGGACUUCCUUAACCAUGUAUGGUGACAUUCUGUGCCCUAGAUUCUUCUGGUUCUUUCCUACUCAUGAUAUGAAUAAUGCAUAGCUGUGCCUAAGACCCAUUUAUCUAGCUACUCCCUGAUGCUUUAGUGAUGCUUCUGCAUCUUGCAGUUUGGGGAGAUAGCAAGCACUUGUAGGUUAAAGAUCUUCAUUCAUGCUUUCUAUGGCUGUCUCAAGCUUUCAAGAUUUUUUUUGUGUUGGGGGCUUCUACCAGGUAUCAACAAAUAGCAUGAAAAGUAGCAAGUAGGUAGUGGAUGUAGCUAGUUAUCUCAGUCAUUGGGCUAAUUAGAGGCAGUUGCUGAAUUCACUGUUAGGUUCUCUUGAGCUGUUGUUUAGUGUUGAAGAAUGUUUUACUCUCAUAUGUGAUUCUCCUUGCUUAGGAUGAUCUGUUGGUAGCAGGAAAAUGGAUGAGCUAUAAAUAUUUUCUUAUAAAUACAGCAACUAUUAUUCCACAAGACAAGGAAAGAUCUUUAAACUGUUUGUAGCUUCUUGCAAAGACAAAAUCGUCUUCUAAAGUAUGGCGAAUGUGUACUAUGUUUUUCCUGCUUCUCUUGUAAAUUUGUAACUGUUUUAGAGUGGAAACUGUUUACUUUGUCAAUAACUACCUCCUGAGUUCAGCAAUAAUUGGCAAGGUAGACACUCCUCCAAUGAAUUAAAUGUAUUGGCUAAGCACUAUAUAUUGUCAGAAUUCCUCUGAGUUUGAUCUUUUGAUAUGCAAAUUUGUAACAUUAUGUCUGAAACUAUGGUGAACAGACUUGUUUUGCUGUAGUACUUUCCCUGUUUUCACAAAAAGUAUUACUUACCCUAUUUCAGGGAAGUGGCUUUGAGGAAAAGAUCAACAUUCUUCUUAGUAGUUGGUUAAUAUAUGUGUAUUCUUUGAAGAUGCUAGAGAUGUAGCUUCUCUGUUCUGCAGUUUCUUUACCAUUAGAAGUGGGAAGGAACUACUUUGUUUAAUACUCGCAUAUCUAUCAAAGGGCCUGGGAAACGCAAACUGUUUUGCCACAUGAUUCAAACUUCUAUUCAUGUGAAGGGCUAGUCAGCAUUUUUCAGAAAUCUGGAUUAGAGUGACGGAAACCAAAGGUGCAGACAAAACAUUAUACCCCACCCCCAUUAAAUAUGCUGGAUGAUUCCAGUUUGGGAUGGGAUUAUUCUUGUGUUUUGUUGUUCUGAGGACUUUUGCUUCAGGGUAUCCCUUUCAGAAUGUUUUUUGAAAUGUUAAAACACCAUUUUAUUAAGCAAUGUAAAAAAGCAUGAACAGUCACCUAUCUUUAGCUUCAUAAUUUUCAUUGUCUCCAAUAAAAUGUUGCAUUUGUCCUGUU